UUAAGGUAACACUCAAAACUUUCUCUAAUUUAAUUUCAGUAUUUCUUUUUCCUUUUUUUCCUUUUUUUCCUUUUGUACUUUAAUUUUUUGUUAAACACCAUUUUUUUUUUCCAUAAUUUUAUUGGGUUAUAGCUUCUUCUUCUUCUUCUUCUCUUUUUGGGAUGCUUUUGAGUCAUUUGGAUAAAUUUAGUUAUGUUUUUUUUUUUUUGGAUUAAAAUUCAAUUCAACAUUGAAAAAUGGGCAAACAACAUAAAUCUCAACAGUUUGGAGUUUAAUUAGAGAAAAUCUCAGACAGUUUGGAGUUUAAUUACAGAAAAUCUCGACAUUUUGCAUUUUUUGGGUUUGUCGAGAUACAUAAUUAGCUCCCGAUACACCCAAUGUGAUACAUUUUUUUCUUCGUAAAGAUACAUAAUUAGCUCCCAAUAGAUAUAUUUUUUUAAUUUUGGGUCUGUCGAGAUACAUAAUUAGCUUUAGAUCGAUAGAUACAUUCAACGAAGAUACACAAUUAGUUGAGAUUUUUGUAAUUACUUUGUAAGGGUGGAAUUUUGUGUAAAUAUGAAUGGAUAGUGUGUGUCUAAAUUCCAUAGUCACUACCACAGUUUUAGUGCAUAGCAAAGGGAGAAAUCAACAACCUAAAUGCAGAAUUUUGAGAUGCAAUCCACUGCUGAAUUUAAGUUCACUUGAUUCUUUGAAGCGAACUUGCAGUGGGGUGGCGCUUGAAUUGAAGCUUAAAAGUCCAUCGGAGAAGUUAUGUCCUGUCCAAGUCGUUCGUAUUAGAUGUGAUCAUCCACAAAAUGCAGAUUUGCCUCGUUACUAUUCAAGGAAAGAGAAGAAGCCCUUCCCAAUACCUAUUGUGGAGCUACGUAGAGCUGCCAGGGAUAGAAUGAAAAAUCGACUACCUAAAAGACGUGUACCUCCACCAAAGAUCGGAUUGGUUAUCAAAAGCCUAGUACCUGUUGCGUAUAAUGUGUAUAACGCACGGAUAACAGUGAUUAACAAUCUCAAGCGGCUCAUGAAAGUGGUAGCUGUGAACGGCUGCAAGUGGUGUAACGAAAUCCAUGUAGGACCAGUCGGGCAUCCGUUCAAGUCAUGUAGAGGAUCAAAAGCUUCGCAACGUAAAGGACAUCAUGAGUGGGGAAAGGCAGUUAUUGAAGACAUAAUAGUGCCACUUGAAGCCUACCAUCUAUACGAUCGCCUUGGGAAACGAAUUUCACACGAGGAGCGAUUUUCUAUCCCUCGAAUCCCUGCAGUAGUGGAGCUUUGUAUCCAAGCGGGCGUUGAUAUACCUGAAUAUCCCACGAAAAGGAGAAGAAAGCCAAUCAUAUGGACCGGAAAAAAUGAAUUCGUUGAUGCAGAUGAAAGCGAAUUGCCUGAUCCCGAACCAGAAUCUCCAAAGCCACCAAUGUUAACCGAGAUACCUUAUCCAGAGGUAGAACCACCGUCGAGCACUGAAGAAACAGUGUUGCUAGCUGAAGAAACGCUCGAAGCGUGGGAAAAAAUGAGGGUCGGAGCGAAUAAGCUGAUGAAAAUGUAUCCGGUGAGAGUUUGUGGAUACUGUCCAGAAGUACAUAUUGGUCCAAGUGGACACAAAGCACAAAACUGUGGAGCUCACAAGCACCAACAACGAAAUGGACAACAUGGUUGGCAGACAGCAGUGCUAGAUGACUUAAUACCACCGCGAUACGUGUGGCAUGUACCCGAUGUAACUCAACCGUUGCAACGAGAGCUUCGGAGUUUUUAUGGUCAAGCUCCUGCAGUGAUAGAAAUAUGUGUACAAGCUGGUGCUGAAGUACCUGAGCAAUACAAGCCAACUAUGAGGUUUGAUGUGGGGAUUCCUAGCAGUAUCAAAGAAGCAGAAAUGGUUGUUUAAGUUGUUUCAUUUCUCUGCUCCAACAACAACAACGACGACGACUUACCCAUUGAAAUUCUAGUAGUAGGGUUUCGGGAGGGUACAGUGUAGCGAAAAGCUUACCACUACCUCAUGGAGGUAGAGAGGCUGUUUCUGGACGACCCUCGAGUAGUGGGGUCUCGGGAGGGUAGAGUGUAGCGAAAAACUUCCGCUACCUCGUGGAGGUAGAGAGGUUGUUUCUAGACAACCCUCGGCUCAGUGGGGUCUGGGGACGGUAUAAUGUAACGCAAACCUUACCAUUAUCUCUUGGAGGUAGAGAGGUGGUUUCUGGACGACUCUCGACUCAUUUAUCUGCUCCAAAUUGUAAAAAUGACCUUUUGGAAUGUAUAAUUAAUUGACCAUAGCAAGUUCCACAUCA